AUGCAGCUUUCUGGCAAGAUGGAUCUGGGCCCGGCUCUGCCCAAGGCUAGUGCAGCUGAGGAAGCUGCUGCUCUUGACUAUCUUGUGGACCCCCUUGAAGAAGUAGGAGAGGAGAGAGCUGAGCAGCAGGAGGAUGGAAGAGGCGUAAACCCUACUGAAGACGCACUUCCCAAAGAGGGGCAUCAGGAGCAUUCUCCCCCAAGUGGUCCCCUGGCAGGGGUUCCCCUUGCUCACGAUGUUCCCCAGCCAAAAGCCCACCCUUUUCAGGACAGCGCAGAGCCCGGCGCAACAGAGAUACAUGCAAUUCUUCCCGCCAGAGGCAACAAGCGGCAGAGAAACCCCGCAGAGAAAGAGGAAGGGCAUAUAAGGAGGGCCCGACCCCGGCCAAGGCGGGAGGAGCUGGAUCGUGUUAAGGGGCGGAGGAUGGACAUCUCCCCCCUCCCGUUGCGCUUGCUGGUGCGGUCCGCUGUGUAUGAGGACAUCACAGUGGUUGUGCCACGAGACGCAAACAUCAGCCAGCUGAAGAGAGCCAUUGAGGAGCAGAGCAACAGCCGGCUCAAAGAGUCCUUCAGCCCCACGCUGCUCUUCGGCAAGACGCCCCUGAACAAGGACUCUCUCACACUCAAGCAAGUUGGCAUCGUCCAGGACGACACUAUUGUGGGUUUUUUGGCCAGAGACACGCGCGCGCUCAUCGAAAGCGCAGGACUCCUAAGAUUCCAUGAACUACACGAGAUAGUGCCUACUCCGACAACCGUGAUACGGCCCAGUCCGACCGGAGAGGCAGCAGCGCGGGCGCUUGUAGGCCUAGGAAACGUAACGGCAGAGGGGUACGGCGCCUACGUAUCAACCACACCACUGGCCCAGCCCAAGCCCAGCCGUCGAAAUCAAAGUGCCACCGGCGUCAAACGGAAGUCGAAAGACGCCCUGGGUACCUUCUCCCUUCCUCCGUCAGUGUUGAACGGACCACAGCUAGACCCGAGCCAGCUUCCCCCCGGCUACUGCCAGGUGUCAGCAGCGGAGCUUCUGAUGAGAGGCCUGGCUGCCGCCAGCAAAACACCAGCUUCCCGCAACGCAAAACGGCGUUCCCCCUCUCUGAAGCCCCCAUCAGCCCCCCCUGCCCAGACUUCACCAUCACAAACAGACGCCAACUCUACAGCCACUCAAGACCCCACCCUGCCUGCAUCCGAGACCACCCAGACCGCGGAAGUCUCCGCCCCCCAGAUCUCAGUCGACCUGACUCCUGAACCCCACUCGUCACCCGCCCUUGCCCCUACCCCUCAACCCGCGGCUGACGUCAUCACCGCUCCAGAGCCUUCACCUGAGUCUGCUUCAGAGCCUCCUAACCCGGCCAUCCCAACCUCAGAUCCCGAAGUCAUUCCGGACCUCCAAACCGAGCCGCAGUCGUCAGCGAUUGAUGCUCCAGAACCCCUGCCCGCCACAGCCACUCCUUCCGCCCCAGAACCGUCGGCUCCCCUCGUCGAGUCGUCAGCUCCUGAGUCGUCCCCGGAUCCGCCUAGUCAGGAUCCGCAGUCCUCAGGCGCCUUAAUACCAGCCGGUCCAUCCGAGGAGCAUCCCGCUUCGGCGCCCCAGUCGACGGAACCCCCGAUCCCCGCUCCUCCAGAGUCUGGUGCCCCUCAAGAUUUGCCGGCAACCACACCCCCCCAACAAGAACCAACUCCGCCAACGUCCGCACCAACCGACGAACCCCCCUCGUUUGGCCCUUCCCACGACCCCCCCAGCUCAACGCCCUUCUCCGAAGCGCCUCAACCCCCGGUUGUCGUGGACGACGAUGACGACUGGGAGGCGCGGGCGCGAGCCGCGGCCAUGCGCGGGAACGCCCCGGCGCCGGGGGGUGCAUACGAGAUAGUGAAGAUGGAGCGCCCGGCAGACAGCUCGCUGGGACAGGACGACGGAGACUGGGACAAGGUUGCGCAGCAGAUGGCGCUGCGGGGGAACCACUGGCUGGAGCCGGAGGCGGGGACCACCGAACGCUACGUGGCCAUGCGGCCUCCAACAGCCGUCAGCCCAUUCCCUCCGGAGAUCAUCGUCACACCCUCCUCAGAAGCCCAAGCGUUCGAGACCCCCAUGCCAGAUCCGAACGCAACUGGAGCGCCCCCUAUGCGAGCAUCCGGGGCUUCCCCUCCGGCUGACGUCAUUCAGUCACGGAUUCCCGAAAACCUUGACCCGGGUUCAUAUCAUAUGCCAAAUGAGACUCAGGUUCCCGCAAUUGACCCUAAUGGCAUCCCAGACCCAGAGGGGUUAAGUCAAUUACCGUAUGCAACAGCUUACAUCGAGCAAGGGUACGAAGCCGCCACCGCGGCCAAUGAGUUUGCGCCACCUGGCACUGAGGAGGCUGGGGGGAUGAUGGUGGACGAUGGUCAGCAGUGGCAAUUGGCGCUGAGCGAGCCUAAGCAAGAGAAGAGCCUCAAGCAGAAGCAUCCGACCGGCGACCAGCGGCGUGCCCGGCGCCUAUUCACAGUCGGGGAAGUGGAGGCUCUCGUGACGGCGGUGGAGCGUUUGGGGACCGGGCGCUGGCGCGACGUGAAGCAGCGGGCCUUCCCGCUGGCCAGGCACCGGACUUAUGCAGAUCUCAAGGACAAGUGGAAGACGCUGGUGCGCACCGCCCAGAUCGCGCCCUCCCAGCGGCGCGGUGUGGAGGUCCCCGAGGACCUGCUGGAGCGCGUCACGCGGGCGCACUUCUUCUGGCGGCGGCAGGCGGAGUUCGACGAGCGCUACGCAGCGCAGUAUGCUGCGCUCCCGCCAGGCGAGCAGGGGGAUCCCCCUUACGCACAGGGACCGGACAUUUUACCCUCGUACCCGGGGCAAGAUCCCCCGCCCCCAAUCGUGGAGGAAGUGCAAGACGUUCCGGGGGACGGAACAGGGACGGAACGGAACGGGGGCCCCCAAGCGGGGGACUACCAGCAAGUGCUCGUGUCGAGCCCCGGGGCGGACCAAGCGCAUCCCUCGGGCGGAGUAGGAAGCGCAUUGGAAACGCAAGAAGGGGGCCGGGAAAAGCAGCCAAGCGAUCUGGGGCCGUUGGACUUGGGUUAUGCACCUGGGUUAGCGGGCGGUUUCCGGAUGGGGAGGGGGAAUGACGCGCAGAACGAUCAGGGGACAGGCGAAGGUUACCAAAAUGGUGCUGAAGGGGGGGCUGGCUCGACCGGCACGGAAAGGGGGGUCCUUCAAAGUCAAGGGGCGCUAGAAGCUCGAGGACCGGAAAGCGAAGCUGAAAACAUUGAUGCGACAGUCGAUGGGGCCCUUGCUGUGGAGGUUCAAGCGGGUUCAAAACUGCCAGGGUUGGCGCUGGAGACGAAACCUUAUGUGCCAAGCUCGGGGGUGGAGUCGCUGAGAGCAGCAUACGAUCGGCAGGUGUCCAUGGAAGCGGAUGUAAUCAAUUGAAGGCCUCGCUCGAUUGUAGCUGAUAUUGAUUAGAGGGGCGUGAUACCUAUUGACGUCAUCUAAUCAACAUGAAAUGAUUUGGGCCAGAGAUUACCAAGGUCCGCAUGUGGCCUGACAAGACAAAUGAAACUCAACAACGGUUGGCAAGAGUUGUAAGGACAGCAAUAGUUAAAAACCGACAUGAGGCCCUUGGUUUCCCACCUUUAACUGGGCUAGGAUUCAGCUUAAAUUUCUGAUCAGGCUCUACUGAAAUCAUUUUACUGAAGAUGACCAACUGUAUCUCGUCCGAG